GCGCGGUCGCGGGGCGGGGUCGGGCCGCCGAAGCUGUUCCGGGCCGCGGGGCAGCCAUGGCGGAUGAGGAGGAGGAUGUGCCGUUCGAAGAGGACGCCGAGGACGCCGGCGGGGGCCUGGACGGCGGGCAGGGCAGGAGGAAGCGGCUGUUCUCCAAAGAGCUAAGAUGCAUGAUGUAUGGAUUUGGAGACGACCAGAACCCUUACACAGAAUCGGUGGACAUUCUUGAGGACCUGGUAAUAGAGUUUAUCACUGAAAUGACACACAAGGCCAUGUCCAUCGGGCGGCAGGGUCGGGUGCAGGUGGAGGACAUUGUCUUUCUAAUACGCAAGGACCCCCGGAAGUUUGCCAGAGUUAAAGACCUCCUAACUAUGAAUGAAGAACUGAAACGAGCCAGAAAGGCCUUUGAUGAAGCAAACUAUGGGUCUUGAAUCUGUGCACAAGCUGCGCUGGGGCAUUAUUUGGCCACCUGCUGCCCACUAAGAAGGAAGAUCAUGCAUGUUGUUUGGAAGGGUUUUUUACGAUGGAGGUCACUGCUGGGAUGUCUGCCCUCACUCCCAGCCUUUUCUGAGAAAUAUUAGCUGAAACAUUACCUGAUUGUAUGUGGUAUACUUAGGUAUUUUUAUACCAUUUGAGGAAAUGAGGAAAAGACCUCUAAAAAUUCCUGCAAUCGGAGGAACCUGUUUCAAGUGUUGCAUCAAUUGGCUCAAGGGCUAAUGAUUCCUGAUUCUCUAAAAUUGUUUCAGUUGUCACUGGGUAUUCCUGUGACAGGAAACCUUGAAAAUGGGUCUUGGUUAAGGUGUACAAAGACCUUGAGCCCAAACUACUAACAAAGUUGUGCUCUUUGCUCUGUGUAUGCAUUUUGAAUAAAACAUAAGUUUGUGCCCACGUUUCAUAACUAAAUGUACAUUGAUCAGUUCAUAUAAGGCAGGUAAUACAGGCCACAGCUGUGCUUUUCCCUACUUCUGGAACAGCUAUGGGGAGGUAACUUCAGUUAACUCCUCAUUUCAGAACAAGCAUAACAAAUGCUGAAACAGCAAUAAUACUGCACAUCAAGGCUGUCCCCUCUACAAGCAGCACAGAAGGAAGAGUGUAAGGGUUGGAAAAGUUUUGGCAAGUCUUUUGUCCAAAGCGGCAGUGAGUGAUCAGCUGCAGCCUUUCUGCCAUGGAUGGGAACUGUUUGCACUGUGGAUUUGACAGCAGCACUUAACAUGGGGUCAGGCAAUAGAGAGGGAACACUGAGUAAGGGUAACAAAGUCAUUUAUCCUGGACAAGGGUAGGUAAAAGGAACGUGACUAUUCAGUUAUUUGGAACACCCUUAAAAAUGUAAAAAUCAGCCAUUAAAAAAAAGCUGGUUUAGAAAAACAUAAUAAAAUAGUUGUUACUUUCUUAACAGAAUUCACAAUGUGAGUUACUGAGACACCAUAAGGGUUCAGAGGGGUUUACUUAAAAAUAAAAACAAAAAAAACCAAACAACAAAAAACUA